GGUGAGGGUAAAGGGGGAGGGUGACUCGAGGCCUCUAAAUGCGCCUUCGCCUCGCGUCUUUUGCGGCCGCGUGGAGCCGCAGCGGCUGCGAUCCGCGUGUCCCCGUCCCUACGCCGCCGCGGAAUGGCAGCGGAAGCCUUCAAGGGGGGGCUCGGGGCGCCUCGGACGACGCAGUCUCCAGGGUAUCUUCGGCGUCCACCAACGGCCUGGCGACCCCUGCGUCGUCUUUGGUAGCGUCCACCCCAAUGGCCUGCGCGGCCGUUUCAAAGUCCACCAUUUCGGUCGGCGCGUUGGUCGCGUCGCCCACACCUUCGGCGUCCACCGCUGAGAGGUCAUCGGUUACCGUAACCACCGUGUAUCCUGUGGAUGACGGUGCAUCUACCGACGCCUCGUUGGAUAUCCUCAGCCCUCCCUGCGUAACGUUGACAGCAGACGCCGCUGUCGCCAGCAGUGCCCCAUUGUCCAUCGCCUGCGCAUCGGCAUUCACCGCCUGUAACGUGACUGCACCCUGCAACAGCAGUAGCACCGUCGCCAGCUCCGCACCGUCCACCACCUCUUCUAUCACCAAAACACUCGUCCCACAGUUAACCACCAACAGCAGCUUCAUUGCCUCCACAACAAUGACCACCACCAUCCCGAUGUCCACCACUACCACCACCACCACCGUCACCUCCAUCCCAGCGUCAACCACCGCGGCGACCUCCACCCCAGCAUCAGACUCGCUGUCCACCACAACCACCACCGCGACCUCCACCCCAGUGUCCAUCCCGCUGUCCACCACCCCAAUGUACACCACCACCAUCGCAACAUUCACCCCACCGUCUACGACCACCACAACCACCGCCCCCUCGUCCACCCGCAGCCUACCCGCCCCAUCGCCUCGCUCCUUCACGGCGACGCACUUCUCCGAGACGGAAUUCGUCCUCCACGGCUCCCUGCGCAAGGUGCGCCCCUACUACGCGGACGCCACGGCGCGCUGCAAGGCGCGCUGGCUCGGCCUCUCCCUGCGCCAGCUCUACGAGCGCGAGUUCCACUCGGAGACCGUGGCCUCGUACGAGGCCGCGUGCGCCGUGGGCCGCCUCACCCUCAACGGCCGCCGAACCCACCUGGACGCCGUGCUGCGCGACGGCGACACGAUCCGCCUGCGGACCCACAGGCACGAGCCGCCCGUGAGCUCACGGCCCGUGGUGGUGGUGGCCGAGGAGCACGACUUGGUGGCGGUGGACAAACCCGCGUCGCUGCCCGUCCACCCGUGCGGCCGCUAUCGCCACGGCUCGCUGCUAUUCGUGCUGGGCAAGGAGCGCGGCGUGUCUGGGCUGCACACGCUGCAUCGCCUCGACCGCCUCGCGUCGGGCCUCGUGGUGUUCGCCAAGAGCAGAGAGGCGUCCAGGAGGGUGGAUGAGCAGAUCAGGCAGAGGCUGGUGCACAAGGAGUACUUGUGCCGCGUGGUGGGCGAGUUCCCGGCGGGAGAGGUGGUGUGCGAGGAGCCACUGUCCGUGGUGGAGGGCCGGCUGGGCGUGAGCCGCGUGGACCGCCUCGCCGGGAAGCCCAGCCGCUCGCUGUUCCGCCGCCUGCGUUACGACGCUGACACUUGCGCAGGCGGCUCGAGCUUGCUGAGUUGUGUGCCCGUGACGGGACGGUCCCACCAGCUGCGCGUCCACCUGCAGAGCCUGGGCUUCCCCAUCCUGCUCGACCCCGUGUACGGGUCGCCGGCAUGGGCCAACGGAGCGCCACUCGUCGACGUCCUCCGGCGCAUCGCCGACGAGACGUGCGAGCCGUCUGCGCGCUCGCUGGUGGAGCGGCUGGGCGCUGCCGAUGAAUGGGCGUGGGGGCGAAUCCCACCGGGCCCUGGUGGUGUUCGUGGAGGUGGUGGUGUUAGUGACGUCGCGAGUGAGGCUGUGAUGGCGGAGGUUGUGUGGCCGGAGAAAGACCCCAUCUGCAGCGAGUGCCGGCUGCAGCGGCCAGACCCAAGGCCGCGAGACCUGGGCAUGUGCCUGCACGCCCUGCGCUACAGUGGGCCUGGUUGGGGCUUCGAGGUGCCCAUGCCGGAUUGGGCCGCACCUGAUUGGACUGAAGACCUCGCGGCAUUUUAAAGUUUGACAGUCGAGAACUGAAAAACUCUCUCAUCUGGUUAUGAGGGCAUUUUUGUCCAAUAUCCAUUCAAGUUUCCCAUGUAUGAUCUCAAUUUGGAAAUUAUUUUGGUGACAAGGUCAAACAUAGAAUAAAACACGUUCACUAUAAAAAUGUGUUGUACGUUAAUGGCUGAAAAUAUUAAAGAACCUGGUUUCUCAUCUCCUUUAGAAUUCGCCGGCUAGCGUCGUGACCUACCAUCUGCUGUCCCCUCUAUUAUGCGACUCGCACUGUUGUACAAAAAAUAUGGUUUUGCAUGUUGACGCUAAAUAAAAAUUGUAACUAUG